GCAGGAACAUGCUCUACGGACUGCAUUUUACUCCUUUUCUAGGGUUCGAGCGUAGACGAGCAAAGGAGAGAGAGACGGAGAUUUGUGUACCUGUUGGGUUUAGAGAGAGAGUGCGCAUUUUGGAGAGAGAGAGAGAGAGGGAGGGAAAAAUAGCAUUUAUGUUUGUUGGGAUUACACAGGCCUGCUGUUUUGCUCUCUUUUUGAAUGUUUUGGGAUUUUUUCCCCUCACAAAGUAUCAGCUUUUAAAACCCAUUUUCUCUAUUUGGAGGUUUCUGAUUAUUUUGCAGAAGAUGAAGCAGCUGGAUCCACCAUUCUAAGUAAAAGAGGUAUUUUUGCUCUCCUCUUUACAUUACCCUGCCUGGUUUUUCUUUUGUUCUUUAUGUACCCAUUGUUGGUUGAAUAAUGAUGCUCCCAACCCUCAGAAAAAGCUUGGCUUUGGCAAAACCCCAUUCUCUCUAUAUGCCUCAAUUCCUCUUUUCCCUUCCCUUCUCUCUUUCUUCAUCUCGCUCUUUCAAUGAUUCUUCUUCUUCUCUCUCUUUUCCCCCUUUCACUUCUUCCUCCACCUCUGCUUCUCUUCCUUCCAUUGUUACUCUUCUCAUGGACUAUGUUGGCCUCUCAAUGGAAUCAGCCAUGAAUGCAUCUUCGUGUCUUCUCCACCUUAAAACCACUGAAAAACCCCUCUCUGUAAUAAACUUCCUAAAAAACUCUGAUUUCAGUGAUACCCAUAUCCAAACUAUCAUCUGUAAACGUCCCCAGCUUCUUAAAGCCAAUGUGGAGAAAACCCUCAAACCCAAAUUCAGAGCGUUCCAUGAUUUGGGUCUUUUGGGGUGCGAUCUCGGACACAUCAUCUCUGCAAAUCCAGUCAUUCUCACAAAGAGUACUGAGAAACAAAUUCUCCCAAAAAUUGAGUGCCUCAAGAACUAUUUGCACACCAAUGAGAAGGUUGUAAGAGCUCUCAAAAGAUCUAGUUGGAUUCUGAUAUUUGAUAUGGAGAAGAGACUAGUACCCAACAUAAGGUUAUUGGAGAGCUAUGGAGUUGAGGACUCACAGUUACAUAAAUUUCUUUUAAGACAGCCCAGAUUCUUUACUAUAGAACCAAAACGAAUUAAGGAAAUUGCAGAGAGGGUGAAGGAAAUGGGUUUCAACCCUAAUUCGAGGUUGUUUUCUCAUGCGAUUUUGGCAAUGAGUAGUCUGAGCAGGGAGACAUGGCAGGGCAAAGUUGAGUUGUGUAAGAAUUUUGGGUGGUCCGAAGAGGAUGUUAUGUGUGCAUUUCGAAGGUUUCCAUAUUUAUUCUCUUUGUCUGAGAAGAAAUUGACGAUGGGUAUGGAUUAUUUCAUUAAUGUAUUAAAAUUGGACAAGUUUUAUCUUGUUUCGCAUCCUGUGCUUUUCUCCCUUAGUUUAGAGGGAAGGGUUAUCCCCAGGCACCGAGUCUUGCAAGCUUUGAGAUCGAAGAAUUUGCUCAAGAAGGAUGUCGAAUUCACGUCGUUUUGCAUAAGAGCAGAAAAUGUAUUUUUGCAAAGAUAUGUGUUGAGUUUUGGGAAUGAGGCUGAAUACUUGUUGAGGGUUUAUAAGGGGAUCACUUAAAAUUGAGGGCUUCUAUGUGGUUUUGCCACAGCAUUCUUCACCAUCAAAGUUGGAAACGAAUAUUUCAAAAGUAAAAGAUCAGUCCACAUUAAUGGUGAAUUGGGGGCCUUGGUCUUAAAGAUUAGAAGAAUGGGGAGCUUAGUCUUGCAAAAGGUGCUUAGAAGAUAGUUUUUAGCUCAAUUUUGGUGCAUUAUAUGCAUACAUAGGUGGCAAAUAGCUAAGGAUCUUUCACAUUGAGGCCCUUUCAUCUGAUGCACAUGAUGAAGAAGAGUGCUUUGGCCCUGCUUGCCUUCUCCUUGGCAUUGGGGCAUUUCGAUACCGAAAUUUUGCAUGCUGGGAAAAUGGUGGAAAAACACUCAAAAGCUUGCCUUCUUUUUUUUUGUUUUUUUUCCAGCUUUUUUGUUGUGGGUGGGGUUGGGGCGCUUUGCUUUUUCAUCAUGCUAUUUUACUUUGAAGCGCAAUUUCGUUUACAGUAGGAUUUUUUGCUCUUUCUCCUUACCCUGGGAAAUAGAGGGUGACUCUCAUUAUGUGAGCUAGGUGAGACUCGAACCAUAUGGUGGUUUGCGAGUAUAUUACUAUAGUUUUAGGAUGUGUUUCCCUCAACCCAUCAUCUUUUCCCGCCACUUUUUGUGGCCACCGAAGCGAUGGUCUCUGGAUGAAGGAAGGGCAUCUCAGGUUACUAUCAAUUUAGCUCAUUGGUGAAGAUAGAUGCCAAAUUUUGUUCAACUCUUGACUCGUGAAUGGGAAUAAUAGGCUAAAGGUUUAAAGCAACUCUAAUUUUAAGUAGUGCAACUGAUGAGAACGGUCUAUUGAGAUUGUUUUGGGCAAGAACGUGCUCCAUCUCAUGUCCGGGCGGCGCCUCUUAGUUUGGUGCAUUGCGAUGAUGCUUUGGAGGUCUCUUGCUUGAAGCCUGAAUAUCCAAAAUUCCUAAUUUGCUCUUGGUGGAUUUUGAUGGUUGAUAUCAAGAAGAGAUUACUGCUCAUUAUAAGGUUAAUAAUGAAUGCACUCGAAGAAAUCCGGUGUGAUGGAAUGAAGUUAUUGUUUCGUGGUGUAUCAUUUUUAUUUAAUGGAAGGUUGUUAUCCAUUGGGAAAAUAAAGAGAUUCAUCAUUAUCAUCA